AUGAUGGAGACAUCAGAAAUCGGAUAUUCGCCAAAUGAAGAUCAAGGAGUCCAAGCCUUCAUUAGAACAUUAAACUCGCUAAGAAAUGAUUUUCUUCAAAAAAUAAAACAAUAUACAGAAUGCUUGCGUGAAAAAAUAUUUUUAAUAUCCAUUUCAUCUAUAUCGUUACUGAUUGUAUUAUUUUUCUACACAUUUGCAAUCUAUCUACAACCGAUCAUAUUUGUUGACUUCAACAAACAUGUCAUGAGCAAAACAAUGCUAAAACCAAGUAUAGUGUCGAGUAUUCAAGAACCAUAUAUAUACUCGAAAAACCAGUAUUUUAAUCGGACACGAAAACCUAGUGAAAAUGUUAUUGCCUUCUUAGUGGCAAGUUUUGCCGGUGAUAUACGUCGAGCUUAUAAUCCUUAUCCGAAACUAGGAGAAAAACUUUUCCAGCUUGAUGAACGUCUCGGUGACAAUAAGAUAACAGAUAUAAUUAUAUUUCACACUGGUUAUCCUUUUCGAGCUGAUAUAACAUCAAUAGUGCACACGACUGCGCGAAACGUGCUGUUCGUGAAUGUUGAUCAUAUAUUUUAUAAGUUUUCUCCUGGUUUCGAUCCGCAUAUAAGAGAUCCAACUUGGACACAGAAAGGUAAAUGGCAUUAUCAUCAUAUGCGUUACUUUUGGUUUAAACAAGUAUUUGAAUUAAAAAUUAUUCAACGAUAUCGAUACAUGAUGCGACUUGAUGACGAUUCGGGAAUUGAAGGUAAAUGGCCUAAUGUAUUCGAAAUAAUCGCCAAACGUCAAGCUGUUUACAUGGCAAAUAGACGAGAAGUGGAUUUCAAUUAUGUUGUUCCGGGUGUGACACUCGUGAGAAAUCUCACCGUCGCUUUCAUGAAAAAAUAUAAAAUAAAACCUCGAAAUCCUGAUAUGAUGGCUGAUGUCUUUAAUCAUACCAUCGAAAUACCUAAUUAUUGGAAUAAUGUUGAAGUAAUAGAUUUAUCAUUGAUUCGUCAAAUAGAAGUUAUUGAUUUUAUGCGUUGGGUUGAUGAAUCAAGAGGCAUAUUUCUCUAUCGUUGGGGUGAUGCUCCUCUUCGUUAUAUAACAUUAGCACUUUUUGUAAAUGCAACGCAAAUAUUGCAUUUAAAUAAACUAGGACUUGGAUAUUGUCAUCCUUGUUAA